AUGGCGCUGAUUGUGGUUGCAGUUGUGCUCGCCACCAUACUAGCAGUCGACUGUUAUCCUGCAACUUUUCAAGAUCUGAAUUUGGGUCGCACAAACAGGACCUCCAUUAAGUUCCUGGCAUUCGGCGACUGGGGAGGUGUACCUUACCCCCCAUACAUGACUGUGGUGCAAAGGGCUACCGCUCAUGAAAUGAGUAAAGUAGCAGAACAGAUGGGAGCAGACUUUGUUUUGGCCCUUGGAGAUAACUUCUACUUUAAAGGUGUGGACAGAGUGGACUCUCCAAGAUUCAAGGACACCUUUGAGGCCGUGUACACAGGAAAGCCCCUCAAUAUGCCCUGGUACGUUAUUGCUGGCAAUCAUGACCAUGCAGGAAAUGUCCAAGCCCAGAUUGAUUACACACAUAAAUCUUCACGAUGGAACUUCCCUUCCUACUACUAUGAGCUGGACUUCCGCAUACCCAACACGAAAAAGACGCUGACCAUCAUCAUGCUGGACACUGUGAAGCUGUGCGGAAACUCUCUCGACUUUGUGGACGAGAAGCCCAGAGGCCCCUUGAACGCAAUGGAUGCCAACCGCCAAGUGAAGUGGCUGGAGGAAAGAAUGGCUGGGUCCAAGGCCGAUUUCCUCCUAGUGGCUGGUCACUACCCGGUGUGGUCGGUGUCUGAACAUGGGCCCACCGAUUGUCUCCUGCAGAGGGUUCGCCCUCUACUGCUUAAAUACAAUGCCACUGCCUACUUAUGCGGCCAUGACCACAAUUUGCAGUACAUUGAGGAGUCGGGAGUGGGCUACGUAGUGAGUGGUGCCGGAAACUUCCUGGAUCCGGAUGUUCGCCAUUGGAACCAUGUCCCCAAAGGUUCCGUGAAGUUCUUCACUGGCCAGGCCUCCACUCUAGGAGGCUUUGUUCAUGCAGAAGUCAAAAACAACAAGAUGAUACUCACGUUUUACCAGGCUAAAGGCACCUCUCUCUAUCGUACUGUGCUGUCAUCACGGAAUGGCAACUAG